ACUUUAUUUCCAUCCACUUUAAUUCCCCCGCAUCAAACUAUAUGGCGGAACUCGGUAGACCGUUUCCCUUACCGAAACCGUUCCCAUCGACAAACGGUUUACCGAAUCUUCUCGGUAUCGGCUAAUGGCAGUGGCAUGGGGAAUUCCGGUAUACCGGAAACCGGUCAAAUGGUAACCGGUUAUACCGGUUACCGACCGUUUACCACCCCUAAGGAGGUUGCCCUUGGCCACAUCCCGGAGUCUGAUGUGGCGGAGCCGAUCGAGAAUUUCGUGGAGGAAGAUGGAACCUGGCGGACGGAGCUAUUUGAGGACCUCAUCCCAGGGGACGUGUUCCAGAAGAUCCUUAGCAUUGGUGUCGACAAAAUGGCCGCGGAGGAUGAUACCAUCUUCUGGUCAGCUUCGUCGGAUGGAAGGUUUUCGGCGAAGUCAGCCUAUUCUCUCCAAAACCAGAGACCGCCCGACCCGGAUGAGGAUGUUUGGAAGACCAUCUGGAGCCUCCCUAUUCCGGAACGGAUCAGGAGCUUUAUGUGGAUGGCUUUCUUGGGGAGAUUGGCGACUAAGUCUCUUCUGCACGCAAGGAAAGUUACCAACAAUCAGAAUUGUGCUUGUUGCGGGCACCCGAUCGAGUCCAUCUUGCAUACUCUGCGUGAUUGCACUGCAGCCCGCUAUUUCUGGCUUCGUCACAGCCCGCCUAGCCUUCUGCACAACUUCUUCAACCUCGACGGGAGCAACUGGCUGCGUGAUAAUCUAAGGAGCAGCGAGCAGCUAGACUCGGGUAUGAGUUGGGCGGCCUUCUUCAGCGUCGCGUCAUGGCUCAUUUGGAAGAAUCGGUGUACGACCUGUUUCAAAGGUCCAAGGUCAGACCUCUCCCCUCCUUCCCUUGAGUUCUCAAUUAUGGCCAAGAGUAGACUGUGGCAUGAGGCAUGGCAAGCUCCCUCUCCUCUCCCCAAUGGCAGAGGGCCGACGACUGCCAGAACUACAGUGAUGGUUGGGUGGACUCCCCCGAGACAUGGUUGGGUGACUCUAAAUGUUGAUGGGGCCUCUAAUGGUAACCCCGGAGCUGCUGGGGCAGGAGGUGUGCUUCGCGGCUGGACAGGUAGAUGGAUUGCUGGUUUCAUUGCGAAUUUGGGGACGGCAACGGCUGUUUUGGCCGAGUUGUGGGCUAUUUUUCAUGGUUUGGAUAUGACUUGGAAAAAAGGGUGUCGGGCGGUGCGCUUGGAGUCUGACUCCCAGCUUGCGAUACAGCUCAUCAACAACAGAAAUGAUCCUGUGCACCCUCAUGCUACUCUUCUCUCAGCGAUCCGUAGGAGGAUUAGUCAGGAGUGGCUGGUAAGCAUCACUCAUGUAUACCGGGAAGGGAAUAGAGUCGCGGACUGGCUCUCGAAGCACAGUCUCGUCUAUUCCUACGGUGUGCAUGAGGUUGCUAACCCACCACCCGAGUUAGCCUCUAUUGUUAGAGAGGACGCCAUGGGUAUUUCUUUUGAGCGCCAGAUUGUGGCGCCUACUCCCACUAUCCUGUAAAACCCCCUGGGUUUCUUCUUUCGCGGCUUUUGCCUCCUUGUACGCAAAAAAAAAAAAAAACUAUGUUACUAACUUAGACUAGGGAUGGCAACUUUGCCCAUACCCAUGGGUUUCUUACUAUCCAACCCAAUUGGGUUGGGUAUGAAAUCCAAAUAGAUGGAUAUGGGUAGAGUUUGAUGGGUUUGUACCCAUACCCAUUUAUUUUGGGUUGAGGGAGAGAGAAAGAGAAUCAUUAAUUAAUUAUAUUAAUAAUUAUAUUUGCAUAACCCCAUUUACCUUUAACUACCUAUUAACUACUAACCCCAAUUAACUAUCUAAUCCAGUAUCAACUAAUAAGAAGGCUUUAAGAUUCUCCUUAAAAAAUGAGACUUAAGGAC